CCAGGUCAGGCCUCAGCAGACCCCUCAGGAGCUGCGUCCCACGUCCCACACGGCAUAAAAAUGACUUUUCCGGCCACAGCUAGUGAAAUUGACCUAAAAGAGAUGGAAGAAAAUCCUAUGCUUUCAAGACUGAAUAACAUAAAAGUGAAGGGAAGCCGGAGCCAUAUAGCAGGUGCAGAACAUGAAUGUGCUAUGCAGACCCUCACAUUUAAGCACAACACGAGAGCUCAAGAGAGGACAAGGAAACGGCAGCAGCCUGUAAAAUUGGAGCCCCUGCCAGUGCUGAAACUCUACCAGGAUCAUAAACAGCCAGAAUACAUACACGAACAGAACCGAAUUCAGCUAAUGAGUUCUAGAGUCCUUAAAUCACCAGGAGGCAUAUCUGAAAAAAGUUCUAUCAAAUCCCCCACUCCAUCUCUUGAGCCUCAAGAUGUUUUGAAAACAUUACAGGACCAUGGACCCUCUGCUGAUUUUUAUUCCCCUUCUCCUAAACUGGCACGUACGAGUAUUGGAAGAAGAGGUCUCUUCGGGACUCGAUCUUCAGCUUACCCUAAAUGUGUUUUCCAUGACCGGGAAGAAGUUAUUAAAGCCAACAUUCGAGACCCCUUGCAGAUCAUUGAAAUAAUACGUGAAAAUGAAAAUCUGGGAUUUCUUUAUAUGAUCCCUGCAGUGCCAAAGUCUUCCAUUGAAUAUGAUCCAUUUAAUCUGAGAGUUGUAAGUUAUGAGAACAUCAAUAAAAAUGACUACUAUACGAUUAGCCAAAAGGCAGUGACCCAUGUUUAUAAUGAUGACAUUGAAUUCAUCAAAGUUGAACGAUGGGAGCAGGAAUAUCUGUAUCACAGAGAACUCACCAAGAUCCCCAUAUUUUCCCUUUUUCGGAAAUGGAAGGCUUUUAACGUUUGGAAGAAGAAUGUCCGAUCAAAGAAAAUCACUGGAUGUCGAAAAGCACUACAAAAAAAUUUGUUCAUUGUUAAUCCUUUUCUUCGACCAGCUCUUCUUAAAAUAAAUGAACUAUGUUAUCAUUUGAGCUUUAUAGGACUUUGUUAUAUUGAAAAAUGUCACAUAUACACCCUGCAGGAAUUUAAGGCUGCACAAGUUAUCCGACUACAGGAGGUGACAGAGCGCCUAGAAGAAUUUCGAAAUGAGGCCAAAGAUGUGGUCAGGAAGUCUUGCCGAUUUGCUUUGCGUGCUGUUGGAUUUAUUCCUGAUGACUGUUUAUUUGACACAUAUGAGGAUUAUUUUAGGUUAAACAGUGAAACUUUUGGCAAUGUACCAUUUGACAGGCCAGCUUAUGGAGAAUCUGAAAAGAUGACAUACACAGAACAGGCCAGCAAAAGGCAUCAUUGCAUGAGGCUGACAUGUUUCAUCCGUCUGAACGAUUAUUUAAUUCAGAACACACUACAUGUCUUAACAGUAAACUCUGCUAACACCCUUUUGAAUUAUCUCACUGAAAAACUAAAACGAACACCUUCAGCAGACGUCAUUCAAAAAUGGAUUACUGAGGAGAAACCUGAAGUCGUUGACAAAAAGGUGGUCCCAGUGUUAGAGAAGCAGGAAGAAGAUGAAUCUCUCAUUCCCAUGUUCAUCACAGAACUGAUUCUGACUGUCCAGGCACUACUCUUUGAGCCUUCUUUAGAAGACUUUCUGGAUGGUAUUUCCAGUGCAAUUAAUCAUUUCCAAAGCACUGUGUUGUCUGUUCCUAACCUCAUGCCUGACACAUAUUUUGACGCUUUCACCAGCCCUUUCAUUAACAACAAGCUUGAAGAAAAGACCUGUGGGCCUGGGCCAAGCCUGUCAACUGUGUUUGACGAUGACAAGAACUUUCACACAAUUAUCUUUCAGAUAAAGGACACAAUUCAUGCAGCAUUUGACUCUGCCCGUUUAUAUGCAGCUACAUUUGAAAAGUUUCAGAUCUUCUUCAAGGAAAAUGAAAGUCUUGACUUAGAAGCACUUAAGCUCCAGGAACCUGAUGUUAAGUUCUUCAGUGACCAGCUAGAAAAGUAUCACAAACAACACAAAGAUGCAGUGGCUCUUCGACCCAUCAGAAAUGUGGGCUUGCUGCUCAUUGACACCAAGCAGCUAAAAGAAAAACUCAUUCCAUCACCCUUGCGAUGCUUGGAGGUGCUAAAUCUAAUGCUUCCUCAGUUAAGCAAGAAAAAAGUGGAUGCCAUUAUCUCUGAGGCUCAAGAUGCAGAGUAUAGACUUGAGUUUAUCCCAACAACCACCAUAGAAUAUGUUAAUAGCUUAGUAUUUCUUGAUGAAAUUCAGGAACGGAUUGAAAGUCUGGAAGAUGAAGGGAAUGUAGUGAUUCAAAUGUACAAGCUCAUUGAACAGUAUCAGGUCCCCACACCUCCUGAAGAUUUUGCUGUUUUUGCAACUAUGAAGCCUUCCGUUGUUGCCGUUCGGAAUGCCAUUGAUAAGGCAGUAGGUGAAAGGGAGACAAGCAUCAAGCAGUUUUGUCUACACUUGGGCAGAGAUCUUGAAGACCUGAACAAUGAAGUGAAUGAAGUAAAGCUGCAAGUGCAGGAUCCCCAGAUCUUGGAUAUUUCUGCUGACCAAGAGAAGAUAAAGGUCAUGUUAAGUGAGCUGCAACAUGUUCUAGAUGAUCUUCAAAAACGUGCCUUUCAGUAUAAAUCCUAUCAGAAGAAUUUCAAGGUGGAAGUGUCCAAGUUUGAUGCUUUGGAAGAAGUUAGUGCUGAGUUGAAGCUCAAGCAACUGCUCUGGGAUUCGUUAUCAGAAUGGGAUAAACUCCAGCAGGAAUGGCUAAAGUCCAAAUUUGACUGCCUGGAUCCAGAAGUCCUUAACAGUCAAGUUUCUAAAUAUGCUAAAUUUGUGACUCAGUUGGAAAAAGGCUUGCCACCCAAUAAUGUGGUGCCCCAGCUUAAAUAUAAGGUGGAAAAAAUGAAAGAAAAGCUUCCCGUUAUCAUUGACUUGAGGAACCCAACUUUGAAGGCUAGACAUUGGGCAGCUAUUGAACAAACUGUGGAUGCCUCCCUGGUAGAGCUUGAAGUUCCGCUGACCUUGGAGAGGCUUGUGGAAUUGCAUGUCUUUGAAUUUAGCCAAGAAAUCCAGGACAUAUCUGGGCAGGCUUCUGGAGAAGCUGCCUUAGAAACCAUUCUUAAGAAGGUGGAGGAUUCCUGGAAAACAACUGAAUUUGUCACUCUUCCUCACCGUGACUCCAAAGAUGUGUUUAUCCUGGGUGGUACAGAUGACAUACAGGUUCUUCUAGAUGACAGCAUGAUCAACAUCGCGACCAUUGCUUCAUCACGCUACGUGGGUCCACUGAAGUCUCGGGUGGAUGAAUGGCAAAAGCAGCUUGCUUUGUUUAAUCAGACACUGGAAGAAUGGCUGAACUGUCAAAGAAACUGGCUAUACCUAGAAAGUAUUUUUAAUGCUCCAGAUAUCCAGAGGCAGCUGCCUGCAGAGGCCAAGAUGUUCCUUCAGGUAGAUAAAUCAUGGAAGGAGAUCAUGAGGAAGGUGAACCGGCUGCCCAAUGCACUCCGAGCUGCUACUCAGCCAGGUCUUCUGGAGACGUUCCAGAACAAUAAUGCACUACUUGAUCAAAUUCAGAAGUGUCUAGAGGCAUAUUUAGAAUCAAAAAGAGUUAUCUUUCCAAGAUUUUACUUCUUGUCAAAUGAUGAGCUUCUGGAGAUUUUGGCCCAGACUCGAAAUCCACAAGCUGUGCAGCCACACCUGAGGAAAUGCUUCGACUCCAUUUCAAGGCUUGAGUUUGCUGUCAUGCCGCCUGCAGAAGGGAAGAUUCCUGGUACUGACACAGAGCCAGAAAAGGUUUACACGAACGAUAUUUUGGCAAUGCUGUCACCAGAGGGAGAGCGGGUUGGCUUGGGAAAAGGCCUCAAGGCCCGAGGCAACGUGGAGGAAUGGCUUGGCAAGGUAGAAGAGGCCAUGUUCACAUCUCUGCGUCGCCUGUGCAAAGCUGCCAUUGCUGACUAUCAGGGGAAACCAAGGGCAGAGUGGGUGAUUGCUGGCCAUCCUUCUCAAGUUAUCCUGACCAUUUCUCAAAUUAUGUGGUGCCGUGAUUUGACUGAGUGUCUAGAGUCCGAAAACAGUAGUCAUUUAGAGGCCCUGGAAGCAUUUGAAAAAGUAAAUUUUGAGAGAUUAAACGCCCUGGCUGCACUAGUUCGAGGAAAUCUUCCUAAAUUACACAGAAACAUCAUAACUGCAUUGAUUACUAUUGACGUGCAUGCAAGAGAUAUAGUCAGUGAACUUGUUCACGCCAAGGUAGACACAGUUGAGAACUUUGACUGGCAGAGACAACUGCGCUAUUAUUGGGAUAUAGACCUGGAUAAUUGUGUGGCUAGAAUGGCACUCUCUCAGUACACUUAUGGCUAUGAGUAUUUGGGAGCAUGCCCACGAUUGGUCAUUACUCCUCUCACAGAUCGUUGCUAUUUGUGCCUCAUGGGUGCUUUGCAGCUUGACCUGGGGGGGGCCCCAGCUGGUCCUGCUGGCACUGGGAAAACGGAAACCACCAAAGACCUAGCAAAAGCUCUUGCCAUCCAAUGUGUGGUCUUUAACUGCUCUGAUGGCUUGGACUACAAGAUGAUGGGGCGCUUUUUCAGUGGUCUAGCACAGUCUGGGGCUUGGUGCUGCUUUGAUGAAUUCAAUCGCAUUGACAUUGAAGUUCUGUCAGUCAUAGCCCAGCAACUCAUUACCAUUAGAAACGCCAAAGCUGCAAAGCUCUCUAGAUUCAUGUUUGAGGGACGGGAAAUAAAGCUAAUCAUGACUUGUGCAGCCUUCAUCACAAUGAACCCUGGAUAUGCAGGCAGAACUGAAUUGCCAGAUAAUUUGAAAGCCCUUUUUAGACCAUUUGCAAUGAUGGUUCCAAAUUAUGCAUUGAUUGCAGAGGUAAUUCUGUAUUCUGAAGGAUUUGAAUCUAGUAAAAUACUAGCAAGAAAGAUGACCCAGAUGUACAAGCUCUGCAGUGAGCAGCUCUCCCAGCAGGAUCACUAUGACUUUGGCAUGAGAGCCGUGAAGUCUGUACUUGUCAUGGCUGGAUCUCUAAAACGAGAAAACCCAGACCUGAGUGAAGACGUGGUACUGAUAAGAGCUCUGCGAGACUCUAACUUGCCCAAAUUCCUCACAGAUGAUGCCCUUCUGUUCAGUGGAAUCAUAUCUGAUCUUUUUCCUGGAGUCCAAAUUCCAGAACACGAUUAUGGUAUUUUGCAAUCAACAAUUGUGGAUGUCAUGAAUGGACAAAACCUUCAGCCUGAGAUAUGUAUGGUUAAAAAAGUGAUUCAGUUCUAUGAAACUAUGCUUGUAAGGCAUGGUGUUAUGUUAGUGGGACCAACAGGAGGUGGCAAGACUACAGUUUACCGAGUCCUAGCAGAAGCUCUAGGAAAUUUGGAAAAACUUGGCACAGGAAAUCCCUUUUUUCAGGCAGUUAAAACCUAUGUUCUUAAUCCUAAAUCAAUCACAAUGGGUGAAUUAUAUGGUGAAGUUAAUAAUGUCACUUUGGAGUGGAAAGAUGGCUUGAUGGCACUAAGUGUCCGGUCAGCUGUGAAUGAUACUUCAGAAGACCAUAAAUGGAUCAUCAGUGAUGGGCCAGUGGAUGCUCUUUGGAUUGAAAACAUGAACACAGUGCUGGAUGAUAACAAGAUGCUUUGCCUGGCUAACAGUGAAAGGAUUAAACUUACACCUCAAAUACACAUGCUUUUUGAGGUACAGGAUCUCAAGGUUGCCUCCCCUGCAACAGUCAGUCGCUGUGGGAUGGUGUUUGUGGAUCCUGAAGAACUGAAGUGGAUGCCUUACGUUAAAACUUGGAUGAAGAGUAUUUCUAAAAGACUGAAUGAGGAAACCCAAGAAUAUAUUCUCAACCUUUUCCAACGUCAUGUUGAUGAAGGGUUACAUUUUAUCAACAAAAAGUGCAGCCAAGCAAUUCCACAGGUGGAUAUCAGCAAGGUCACUACACUGUGUUGCUUGUUGGAAUCAUUAAUCUUUGGCAAAGAUGGAGUUAACUUGGGAAUGGAGCAAAUGAAACUGAAUACCGUGCUAUGUCAGACUUUUGUUUUCUGCUAUUUAUGGUCUAUAGGUGGAAACUUAACUGAAAACUAUUGGGAUGCCUUUGAUACAUUUAUUAGAACACAACUUGAGGAUAAUCCUGAUGCCAGGCUUCCCAAUUCUGGAGACCUGUGGAGCAUUCACCUGGACUUUGACACAAAACGGCUGGAUCCCUGGGAACGAAUCAUACCUACCUUCAAGUAUAGGCGGGAUGUUCCAUUUUUUGAUAUGCUUGUCCCCACAACAGACACAGUGCGCUUUGGCUAUCUAAUGGAAAAACUGCUGGCAGUCAAGCAUUCAGUGUUGUUUACUGGUACAACAGGUGUUGGCAAGUCUGUUAUCACAAAAGGAUUGCUAAAUAGAAUUCAAGAAUCAUCUGGCUAUGUCCCUGUUUAUUUAAAUUUUUCUGCCCAAACUUCAUCUGCAAGGACACAAGAAAUCAUUGAGUCAAAACUGGAAAGAAAAAGAAAAAAUAUUCUAGGAGCACCAGGAAACAAACGUGUUGUAAUUUUUGUUGAUGAUCUAAACAUGCCCAGACUGGAUCGCUAUGGCUCUCAGCCCCCAAUUGAAUUACUUCGGCAGUAUCAAGAUUUUGGUGGAUUUUAUGAUAGAAAUAAGCUCUUUUGGAAAGACAUACAGGAUGUGACAAUUGUAUCAGCCUGUGCACCUCCAGGAGGAGGCCGCAACCCGGUGACCCCACGCUUCAUCAGGCACUUCAGCAUGCUGUGCAUCCCAAUGCCCUCGGAGCACAGCCUAAAGCAGAUCUUUCAGUCCAUCUUACAGGGUUUCCUGGCAGAUUUUCCACCUGCUGUAAAGCAGAAUGCCUCAAACAUUGUAGAAGCUGCUGUUGAGAUUUAUAACAGAAUGAGCGUUGAUCUCCUGCCAACACCAGCCAAGUCUCAUUAUGUGUUUAACUUGAGAGAUUUAUCCAAGUGUGUGCAAGGUAUCCUCCAAUGUGAUCCAGGAACAAUAAGAGAAGAAAUUCAAAUAUUUAGACUCUUUUGCCAUGAAUGUCAAAGAGUCUUCCAUGAUCGUUUGAUUAAUAAUGAAGAUAAGCAGUACUUCCAUGUUAUUUUGACAGAAAUGGCCAACAAACAUUUUGGAAUAGCAAUUGAACAAGAAUACUUUCUAAAAACACCCAUCAUAUUUGGAGAUUUCAUUAAGUUUGGAGCAGAUAAGGCUGACCGGAUUUAUGAUGACAUGCCAGAUAUGGAGAAAAUUGCAAGUGUUUUACAAGACUAUCUUGAUGAUUAUAACCUUGUAAAUCCCAAAGAAGUAAAGUUGGUAUUCUUCCAGGAUGCCAUAGAACAUGUUUCAAGAAUUGCCCGGAUGAUCCGCCAGGAAAGAGGCAAUGCGCUGCUGGUCGGAGUAGGAGGCACGGGAAAGCAGUCUCUCACGAGGCUUGCAGCUCACAUCUGUGGUUACAAGUGUUUGCAGAUCGAACUUAGCCGGGGUUAUAAUUAUGACACUUUUCAUGAGGACUUGAGAAAGCUGUAUAAAAUGGCAGGUGUGGAAAACAAAAAUAUGGUUUUCCUUUUCACAGACACCCAGAUUGUAGUGGAAGAGUUCUUAGAAGAUAUAAACAACAUCCUAAAUUCAGGUGAAGUGCCUAAUCUAUUUGAAAAGGAUGAGCUGGAACAGGUUUUAGCAGCCACCAGACCACGAGCAAAAGAAGUCGGAAUUUCUGAGGGGAACAGAGAUGAGGUGUUCCAGUACUUCAUUAACAGAGUCCGUCAGAAGCUGCACAUUGUUCUCUGCAUGAGCCCAGUUGGUGAGGCCUUUCGGUCCCGAUGCCGCAUGUUCCCAUCCCUUGUGAACUGCUGCACCAUUGACUGGUUUGUCCAGUGGCCCAGAGAAGCACUUCUGUCUGUGUCAAAGACAUUUUUCUCAAAUGUUGACACUGGGAGUGAAAAACUGAAAGAAAAUCUUUCUCUCAUGUGUGUGAACGUCCACCUCAGUGUGACCCAGAUGGCAGACCGCUACUACGCAGAGCUGCGCAGGCGCUACUACACCACGCCCACCUCCUACCUGGAGCUCAUCAAUCUCUACCUGUCCAUGCUCAGUGAAAAGAGGAAGCAGUUGGUUUCAGCACGAGAUCGAGUGAAGAAUGGUCUUACUAAGCUAUUAGAAACAAACAUAUUAGUAGAUACAAUGAAAUUAGAUCUUUCAGAUUUAGAGCCUGUGCUACUAGCAAAAUCACAAGAUGUCGAAGCCCUGAUGGAAAAACUAGCCGUGGAUCAAGAAAAUGCCGAUCAGGUCCGUAACGUUGUGCAAGAAGAUGAGGCAACAGCAAAAGUGAAAGCUGAGGAGACCCAGGCAAUAGCAGACGAUGCUCAGAGAGACCUUGAAGAGGCACUGCCAGCCUUGGACGCUGCCAACAAAGCACUGGAUUCCUUAGAUAAGGCAGAUAUAUCUGAAAUCAGAGUUUUUACAAAACCACCAGAUCUGGUCAUGACUGUCAUGGAAGCAAUCUCCAUUCUCUUAAACGCCAAGCCUGACUGGCCCACAGCUAAGCAGCUUCUUGGUGACUCUAACUUCCUCAGAAGGCUUUUGGAGUAUGAUAAGGAAAACAUAAAGCCUCAGAUAUUGGCAAAGCUUCAAAAGUAUAUUAACAACCCAGAUUUUGUGCCUGAAAAAGUUGAGAAAGUGUCCAAAGCAUGUAAAUCCAUGUGCAUGUGGGUAAGAGCAAUGGAUCUGUACUCUCGGGUGGUCAAGGAAGUCGAGCCAAAGAGACAGAAACUCCGUGCUGCCCAGGCUGAACUUGAUGCUACAAUGGCUACCCUGAAAGAAAAGCAAGCAUUACUGAAACAAGUGGAAGAUCAAAUCCAGGCCUUACAGGAUGAAUAUGACAAAAGCGUGAACGAAAAGGAAAGUCUGGCAAAGAACAUGGCCCUGACAAAAGCACGCCUGGUACGCGCUGGAAAGCUGACAGCUGCACUGGGAGAUGAGCAGGUGCGAUGGGAAGAAAGCAUACAGAAGUUCGAGGGCGAGAUAGCAAACAUCAUUGGGAAUGUGUUCAUAGCAGCAGCUUGUGUGGCCUAUCAUGGGGCUUUCACGGCCCAGUACAGGCAAUUGCUCAUAGUGUGCUGGAUCGAGAACUGUCAGUUCCUGGAUAUCCCAAUUGACCCUUCCUUCAGUCUCAUAAACAUUCUUGGAGAUCCCUAUGAAAUACGGCAGUGGAACACAGAUGGGCUGCCCCGUGACGUUAUGUCAACAGAAAAUGGCAUUUUGGUUACUCAAGGGAGAAGGUGGCCCUUGAUGAUUGAUCCCCAAGAUCAGGCAAACCGCUGGAUAAGGAACAAGGAAAGCAAAAGUGGUUUGAAGAUCAUUAAGCUGACAGACAACAAUUUCUUAAGAACACUUGAAAAUUCCAUCCGACUUGGUUUACCUGUCUUGCUGGAAGAGCUCAAAGAAACUUUGGAUCCAGCCUUGGAACCCAUCCUUCUGAAACAGACUUUCAUCAGUGGUGGACGGCUACUCAUUCGCCUUGGAGACUCAGACAUAGAUUAUGACAAAAGUUUCAAGUUCUAUAUGACAACCAAACUGCCAAAUCCCCACUAUCUGCCUGAGGUGUGCAUUAAAGUCACCAUCAUCAAUUUCACUGUGACUAAAUCAGGCCUGGAGGAUCAGUUGCUAAGUGAUGUGGUACGACUUGAAAAGCCCGAGUUGGAAGAACAAAGAAUCAAGCUUAUUGUGAGGAUCAACACUGACAAAAACCAACUGAAAACUAUUGAAGAUAAAAUCCUGAAAUUGCUCUUCGCUUCGGAAGGGAAUAUUCUGGACAACGAAGAACUCAUUGAUACACUCCAGGACUCAAAGAUCACUUCUGGUGCCAUUAAAACCAGGCUGAAGGAAGCAGAGUCCACUGAGCUGAUGAUCAAUGCAGCUCGUGAGAAGUACCGCCCAGUGGCCACUCAAGGUUCCGUGAUGUACUUCGUCAUUGCAAGCCUCUCAGAAAUCGAUCCAAUGUAUCAGUAUUCAUUAAAAUAUUUCAAACAGUUGUUCAAUACAACAAUUGAAACUUCUGAGAAGGCAGAUGACCUGCAGAACCGCCUGGUCAUCCUAUUGCAGCAGACUCUCCUGACAGCUUAUGUCAACGUUUCACGAGGGCUUUUUGAGCAGCAUAAACUCAUCUACAGCUUUAUGCUCUGCGUUGAUAUCAUGCGCCAGCAAGGAUACCUCACUGAGACGGAAUGGAAUUUCUUUCUCCGAGGUUCUGCAGGAUUGGAAAAGGAGCGCCCUCCUAAGCCAGAAGCUCCCUGGCUACUUCCUUCCACGUGGUAUGCAUGCUGUGACCUAGAAGAAGGGUUUCCAGCUUUUCAAGGACUUACAAAAUACAUACUGUUAUAUCCUAUUUCUAUACGCUUAGGAUCCUUUGAGACUUAUAUUAACCCACGGGAAUGGGAAGGUUAUCCUAAACCUAACUACAAAGAAGACACUUGGAAGACAUAUUUUACUUCUUUUCAAAAGUUAAUUCUUAUUAAAUGCUGUAAAGAAGAGAAGGUUGUUUUUGCUCUUACAGACUUUGUGAUAGAAAAUCUUGGGAAGCAGUUUAUAGAGACACCACCUGUGGACUUGGCUACUCUGUAUCAAGACAUGUCAUGCAGUACCCCCCUGGUGUUCAUUUUAAGCACAGGCUCAGACCCCAUGGGUGCCUUUCAAAGGUUCGCCCGAGAAAGUGGAUAUGCAGAACGAGUGCAGUCCAUUUCACUGGGGCAAGGACAAGGACCCAUUGCUGAGAAGAUGAUCAAGGAUGCAAUGAAGUUAGGAAACUGGGUGUUUUUGCAGAACUGCCAUCUAGCCGUUUCUUGGAUGCUGGCAAUGGAAGAGCUAAUCAAAACCUUCACAGAUCCAAACUAUGUUAUCAAGGACACCUUCCGACUUUUCCUAAGCUCCAUGCCCUGUGCUACGUUUCCUGUCACAGUCCUUCAGAAUUCUGUCAAGGUAACCAAUGAGCCUCCAAAAGGCUUGCGUGCAAAUAUCAGGCGAGCAUUUACUGAAAUGACACCUUCAUUUUUUGAAGAAAAUAUACUUGGGAGAAAAUGGAGACAACUAAUAUUUGGCAUUUGUUUCUUCCAUGCAAUUAUUCAGGAGAGAAAGAAGUUUGGCCCUCUUGGUUGGAAUAUCUGCUAUGAAUUUAAUGACAGUGACAGAGAAUGUGCUUUGCUCAACCUCAACCUUUACUGUCAAGAAGGAAAAAUUCCCUGGGAUGCCCUAAUUUACAUUACUGGUGAAAUCACAUAUGGCGGCAGAGUUACAGACACCUGGGAUCAAAGAUGCCUUCGUACUGUCUUGAAAAGAUUUUUUUCUCCUGAAACAUUACAACCUCAUUAUAAAUAUUCUGAAUCAGGCAUCUAUUUUGCACCCAUGGCUGACAGCCUACAGGAAUUUAAGGACUACAUUGAAAAUCUGCCUUUGAUAGAUGAUCCAGAAAUUUUUGGGAUGCAUGAAAAUGCCAACCUUGUUUUCCAGUACAAAGAGACCAAUACCUUAAUCAACACCAUACUAGAGGUUCAGCCAAGGUCAUCUGCUGGUGGAGAGGGGAAAAGCAAUGAUGAAAUUGUCCAGGAACUUGUUGCUUCUGUCCGGUCCAGACUUCCAGAAUCCCUGCAAAUGGAAGGUGCUUCCGAGACUCUUUUCGUCAAGGAUCCUCAAGGACGCCUGAACUCUUUGACCACCGUUCUUAGCCAGGAAGUGGACCGGUUUAACAAUCUGCUGAAGUUAAUACAUAUUUCUCUAGAAACACUCAACAAAGCCAUUGCUGGAUUGGUGGUGAUGUCUGAAGAAAUGGAAAAGGUGUAUAACAGUUUUCUCAACAACCAGGUUCCUUCUCUGUGGUCUAACACAGCCUACCCAUCCCUGAAGCCACUAGGAUCGUGGGUCAAAGACCUUAUUCUGAGGACUGCAUUUGUGGAUCUCUGGCUCAAACGAGGACAGCCCAAGUCCUUCUGGAUCUCCGGGUUCUUCUUUCCUCAAGGAUUUCUGACAGGAACACUCCAGAACCACGCUCGGAAAUACAACCUGCCCAUCGAUGAGCUGAGUUUCAAGUACAACAUGAUUCCUGUCUACCGGGAUCAAGCUGCAGUGAUAGAAGCUGCUAAGUCAGUGCAGUUUGGACAAGAGCUACCCAUGGACGUAGGGUUGCCCUCUCCUGAAGAUGGAGUUCUUGUUCAUGGGAUGUUCAUGGAUGCGUCUCGAUGGGAUGAUAAGCAUAUGGUCAUAGAAGAUGCAUUGCCAGGACAGAUGAAUCCAAUGCUGCCUGUAGUGCACUUUGAGCCACAGCAAAACUACGAGCCAAGUCCCAAACUGUACCACUCCCCACUGUACAAAACAGGGGCCCGAGCAGGAACACUCUCAACCACAGGUCAUUCAACCAACUUCGUGGUGACUGUCCUCUUACCCUCCAGGCGGCCCAAAGAUUACUGGAUUGCCAAGGGAUCAGCUUUGCUCUGUCAGCUGAGUGAGUGAGAAGGUGCCAGAGAUCUUUGAUGUGGAGAUGGUCUGAUCAAUUUACA